CGGAGCGUCGCAUUAUGAUUUUAUUACAAGCAAUUUGUCACGCUUUCCAAACAGAAACAAUACAAAAACACUGUUGCCACUGUUUUCAUCAUUGUUUCUUUCUUAACUAACCAAACCACCAAUGACCUAGCCAAAGUUAAAGUUGUUCACCGUUGCGGCCACCUUUUUCAGAAAAAGAGCACGUUAACUAGUUGUCCUCACUCCCCUUUAUCUUGGGCAGUGUAGUAAACACAGCCAUCACAGUGGAACCAUCACUUUUAUUUCUGGACGCUUAGGAGCCCAAUUCCACUGAAAGCGACGGCACCAGUCACCACUGUUUGCAGCAUGCCACUCAGACACCUCCAUCUGGAUGAAGGCGUACACACGCGUUCAUCAUCCUGGCCUUCUUGUGCGUGAAAGGAGCUGAGCUGAAAGAAAGUUUCCCAGAAAGAGGCUCACUGAGAGGCAUGUGCAGAAUGUGACCAGGAUCCAGCCUGGAUAAGACAAAGACUGAGAAAAGGCAACUGCCGAGGGACCGGGAUUUGGCGUGAGACACAGCAGAGCAGAAAGGCUGGGUGGAAUACACAUGUCUAUCAUUAGAGGUUGGAACCACAUCUCAACGGAAAAAGGGACAUCAGUGCCACUCCAGGAAGGAGCCUGCCCAGCCUAACUUGUGUUACAUCAAAAGUGCAGUGAGCGACAUUCGUGGCGUGCUACAUGCUGAGAGAGCAGCCCAGGAUUUGACUCUAAUCAGGGGCAGUAUCACCUUAGGCCGCGUGCCAACCCAAAGGAAUCAGGAAAGGCGGGUGAGGAAAAGGAAGGAAGUAACGGUUCAGACAAGAGAAGAGGAACAGAGCCCAGCCCAAGCCAGGAUGGCCGAGAAGAGAGUCAGCCUCCCUGCUAAGCUGAUUAAUGGGGGCGUUGCCGGGCUUGUUGGUGUGACUUGUGUGUUUCCGAUUGACCUGGCCAAAACACGCCUCCAGAACCAGCAGGGUGCCCAAGUCUACAAAGGAUUGCUGGAUUGCUUGGCUAAGACCGUGCGGUCAGAAGGCUAUUUCGGAUGUUAUCGAGGCGCUGCAGUGAAUCUCACCCUUGUCACUCCAGAAAAAGCCAUCAAAUUGGCAGCCAAUGACAUCUUCAGACAGAAGCUCUCGAAGGACGGGAGGCUUCCUCUAUGGGGGGAGAUGUUGGCUGGGUGUGGGGCUGGGACCUGCCAGGUUGUCGUCACCACGCCCAUGGAAAUGCUUAAAAUCCAGCUGCAGGACGCAGGAAGGCUGGCUGCCCAGAGGCCGGCCCCUACUCCGGCCCAGGCCGGGGCCCCUGGCCCAUCGCUGGUGGCUGCCCCCCCUGCCCGGCCUGCCUUUCGGACCUCUGCCACCAGCAUCACCCUGGACCUGCUGAGGACCCAAGGGCUCGCCGGCCUCUACAGAGGUGCCUGGGCCACACUAUUCAGGGAUGUCCCUUUCUCCAUGAUCUACUUCCCGCUGUUCGCCAACCUAAAUGCGCUGGGCCCAAGAGGGGUGGGCGCUAGUUGCCAGGGUAAUGGGAACGAGCGAGCGCCCUUCUUGCAGUCGUUCCUGUCAGGUUGCAUUGCGGGGUCAGUGGCAGCUGUAGCCGUGACGCCAUUGGAUGUCAUAAAGACUCGUCUGCAGACCUUGCAGAAGGGAGAGGGUGAGGACAGCUACAGAGGGAUCCUUGAUUGUAUAAGACGCAUCAUCAGCCGUGAGGGCCCCUCUGCGUUCCUGAAGGGGGCGACGUGCCGUGCGCUGGUCAUCGCCCCUCUCUUCGGCAUCGCACAGGGCAUAUACUUCCUUGGUGUUGGCGAGGCGGUGCUGGAGUCGCUGGGCGUCUAAAGCCCUUUUGCAAGGGCCAUGGCAUUCCUCUUCCACUAAAUGUUAUUACUUACACGUUGUGAAUAAACAGCAGUGAGCGGUGGAUGCACACGAUGGACAGGUAGCUACCCAAAAUGGGAAAUGAGAGAUAACAGGAGGACAUCUCUUGACUGACUAAUAUGUAGACCAAUGGUCCACUCUUUAAUGUUUAACAAGGUUUCAAAGGUCCGCCAGGUUCUUGUGUGCGUGGAUAAACGGGUAGUUAUUUCCCUAGUCGUCCCGGGUACUUCCAGGGUAAUAUCUAGGGCUGGUAUUUCCCCUCAGAGAUAAUUCAGUCUGACUGAAUGCCUGAAUGUAAUUGACCACUUCCUUGUUUGCAUGUAAUGAAAAUCCGAUGUUUUCUUAGGUUUGUAUAUGCCGAUUGGAGAGUACGGCUGAAGUCCGAAUAGCAAUCGCCUCAAACGUUUCUUUGCCUAACGAAGGGGCUUAGCCUACUUCCGCCCCCAUCAUGCAUUACUCCCCCACAGCCGCAAGUUUAAAGUUGUAAUCUUGGCUCUCCUCAAUGGAGAGGCGACGCCUGCCCGUGACUUCAAAGUCUUUGGAUAAUCUGCUGAUAAUGCUUUAAGCCUGGUGUGCGUCCUGUACAUCCCCACAUGCUUCUUACGGUCUGUAGGCCUCAGGUUAGAGUGCUGGGCCACUCUCUCGUGGCCUUAACUUCCUCUUCUGGAGGUCCGAAGAACUUCAAGCCAUGCUGGAUUUAUUGCUCAGUAUUACUCUUUUUUGUUUUUAUAUAUAUUUUACGCCAAGUACUUUACCUGAAGAAUUUAUAGAACAGUAAUAUAUGCAAUGAAGCCUUAUCUUAGCUGAAAGUCUCUAGCCCAAAUUAAACGUCUGCAUAUAAUAUCCUAUCAUGGUUGUAUCUACUUGCCGGAAAUUAAAGACCCUUGUGAAAUGGGCCAACAGUCCCACGUCCUUUUACUUCUGGUCCAGGGAGAUACUCUGCAACUGUAAUUUCUCUCAACAAGUAUUUCAGCUCACUCAGACCUCAACUCCAUCAGCGGGGUAAUGAGACUUGCUGGGUUCGGAGGGCGAGCGAGAAAGGGCUGGAAAUGAAAACCUAACCCAGGAAUGGAAUUGAUUUGUAGAUUUUGUUCAAGUUUUUCAAGGACAAUGACAUUUGACAGCCCACCUAGCAUUAUGGCUUAUUUUCCUGGCAAUUGUUAUUGGUCUACAUAAAUCCACUAGGUGGAACUAAAAUCUUUUUUUCUACCUUUCUAAUGAGGCUAAAGUACCUAUAAUAGAUAAUAGUUUAGACAAUAUAGUUCACAUUUAGAUGAAUGUGUCGUUUACAGGUUGUAAAUAAAAUAGAUCUUGUCAAUUCAUGUUCAGUUGU